AUGUCCGUUCCGAAGUUCGGCGGCAUGUCCGGCGUGAUGCUGGGGCGUGCUGUGACUACAGUAGCAACCAUGGGCUUCCUUCUUUUUGGAUAUGACCAGGGAGUCAUGAGUAGUAUUAUUGAUGCGACAGCCUUCAAUGACGUUUUUACAGCCACGAAAGAUAACUCAACCAUGCAGGGAACUGUGACUGCUAUUUAUGAAAUUGGAUGCCUUUUUGGUGCCAUUUUUAUCCUUUGUGUUGGUGAUUGGCUCGGUCGCCGCAGGGCCAUUAUUAUUGGCGCCUCCAUCAUGAUUAUCGGUGUCAUUAUUCAGGUGACUUCUAUGGUUGGCCAUGUGCCUCUUGCCCAAUUCAUUGCCGGGAGAGUCAUCACAGGUGUCGGCAACGGCAUUAACACUUCGACCAUCCCCACCUACCAGGCUGAGUGUUCCAGGACCUCAAACCGAGGUCUGCUCAUUUGUAUCGAGGGAGGCAUCAUUGCUUUUGGCACUCUUAUUGCCUACUGGAUUGAUUUCGGAGCUUCCUAUGGCUCUUCUAACCUCGUGUGGCGCUUUCCUAUUGCCUUCCAGAUCUUUUUCGGCAUCCUUAUCAUCGUUGGCAUGACCUUUUUGCCCGAGUCUCCUAGAUGGCUUUUUACCCGCGAGCGGUAUGAAGAGGGUGAAACCGUCAUUGCUGCUCUGAUGGGCAAGGAAAUCGGAGAUCAUGGUGUCCAGCUUCAGAAGAAUAUCGUACUGGACUCUAUUAGAGCGUCCGGUCAAGCUGGCAAGUCGACCCCUCUGUCCGCUGUUUUCACUGGAGGAAAGACCCAGCACUUUAGACGCAUGCUUCUCGGCGCCUCUUCGCAGUUUAUGCAGCAGAUUGGUGGCUGCAAUGCCGUCAUCUACUACCUGCCAGUCCUUUUCCGCAACUCGCUCGGCCAGACCUACACCAUGUCUAUGAUCUUAGGUGGUGUGAACAUGAUUGUCUACUCCAUUUUUGCUACGUUUUCCUGGUUCUUGAUUGAGAGAGUUGGGAGACGUAAGCUUUUCCUCUACGGCACGGUUGGCCAAUGUCUGUCUAUGGUCAUCACCUUUGCCUGCUUGAUUCCCGACACCCCAUCUUCUGCCAAGGGAGCGGCCGUCGGUCUCUUCACUUACAUCGCAAGCUUCGGUGCGACCUGGCUGCCUUUGCCUUGGCUGUAUCCUGCGGAGAUUUCGCCGAUUAAGACCAGAGCCAAAGCCAACGCUAUCUCUACUUGCUCCAACUGGCUCUUCAACUUCCUCAUUGUUAUGGUUACUCCCAUCAUGGUCACCCACAUUAAGUGGGGCACUUACCUCUUCUUUGCUGUCGUGAACGCGUGCUUCUUGCCUGUGAUUUAUUUCUUUUACCCUGAGACGGCCCGCCGCUCCCUGGAAGAGAUUGAUUUGAUCUUUGCCAAGGCUCACCUUGAGAACAAGAGCCCUGUGAGAGCCGCCGAGGAGAUGCCUUACCUCUCGGAUGAGGACAUUGAGCGCGUUGCUAUCGAAUACGGAUUCGGGCCGGCCGACUCCGAGGCCAAGAGCGGCGACAGCAGCGACAAUGCGGAAUUUAUUGCUUCCAGGGAAGAAGACCAUGCCCAGCGGGAUGCCGAAAAGGGUAACUGGGAUUAA